GAUUCUUGAACCGCAAAUGACAAGGUACCAAGACUGGUCGCCCUACUGUCCUCAACAGCGGUGGCUGAUAUCGUGACUAUUUCGAGUGACUUCAAGUCUUGCGGUACUUCUUGGGCUUUGAAGUGCAGUUGCUGAGUUUGUGCAUAUAUCCACAGUAGAAGCAAAGACCGUCCUUCUUCCUUCUCACCUUCUCGGCGGCUGAGAGGUGUUCGCACUCUUGGAGUGCUGGAAAUAGAGACGGAGUCGAGGUCCAUGGGCACCAUCUGGGAGCUGCUACUGAAGGAGCUUGACUGGUGCUGUGCGUUGGAUGAAGCAUUAUCGGACUGGAUCGAACGAGGGGGUAGACCAAGGGUCUGGUAACCUUGUUUGCGUUGUAAUUCUUGAAAAGCUGAUCGUCGAUGCUUGUUGCCAGGUUGACGAGGCCAAUGAAGUCCUUGGGAGAGUUCUAUCCUUGGGCGGCGAGGUGCGUCUUCACUUCGGGCUUGAAGACACGCACGAACGCAAAGAUCUUUUCGGUCGACUGAUGGUAGUUCUUGUCAAAGCGGUCUGCGAGAGUACUAAACGUGGUAGCCUAGUCCCUGGCGGAACUGAUGUUCUUGAGAGUGGCGAGCUUGUCUUCAGCCGUCUUGCGAGGUAUGGGAUCACCAAAGAGUGCGAGGAACUCCUUGCUGAACACAUUCCAACUCUUGAGGAAGUGUUGGCUAAGGGUGCUGAUGCUGAGCGGAAGGUCGUCCCUGAAGUAGAGGGGCUAAAUCGCAGCGUUGCUGUCAAGCCAGGCAAGGGCGAAGUUGACCCUCUGUUUGUCAUUGAGUUCGGCGUCGACGGCUCUAAAGUAAGCUUCGCAUUGGUUGAGGAAGAACCCAGCCCUCUCAUAAAAGCGCUGCUUGUCAUUCAAGCAUCUGGGUGGACUAGGCUUGAGGUGUCUAAAGAAGUGGUCAGAAAAAUUGGAGGCUAGGGCCUGCGUGAUAGCCGCAACGAGACUAGCAGUGUCGAAAUGAGCCUGCAGUAUCAGUGCUGCUUGCAUGAUAUCGUUGACCUGAGCGAUGAACCAACGGCUGGGUGUUGGAGCG